UGCAAGCUUCGUCAGGCAGGCCGGGUCAAUAACAAACGGGCAGGUAAGUACAGGGGGUCAGGCAGAGAAUGGUCGGGGUCACAAGCCAGGGAUCAGAACAGGAGAAGUCAGCAGAGGUCAGGAUAAAGCAGGCUAAGCAACAAGACAGGAACAGGGACAGGAACAGGAAUGCAGGAACAAGAUACAGGGCCCAGGAAAAACACACACACCAAGGCAAAGCCUGCAGGUCUGGCCAUCACUUAAAUACACCUGCAUAAGCAGUUUCAGGUGUUUGGCUGGCUGCAGGUUUGAGUCUCUGAUUGCUGGGAGCACCCGCUGGCCAGCCCUGGUACUGCAGCCCACAAGGCAGGUGAGUCCCACCAUUACUGGCAAGUCCAUUCCUGACAAUAUUUG